CCACAACAUAUUACUUUCUACUUUCUUCGCAUCAAACAAUUUGUAUAUACUGUACAUACCCCCAUGUCCACUGCUGAACGUUCUCCGCUUUCACUACAACCUCCUCUCAACGAUGCCGACCUUUUCUCCGACUAUCCCUGUCCACCAGGUACGCCCACCACAGGCAUGUACGCCCGAGACGGACUGUGGGAUGAGCUGGAGGGGAUAGACGCGUCUUCUUCGUCGGGCUUGAACUGGGAGAACAGGUCUUCAUCCCCAACUGUCUAUUGGUCUGCUCAGACUUCUAGGAAAACAUCACUGGUGCCCACUAUAGAUAACGCCGGUAAGAGUGUGGGGAGGCGAGGCACUUUCUUUGCAGACAAUGAAAGAGGACCUACGGUGAGGAAAAAGGCAUCCAACGGGGAGAGGAUUUUGGGUGUGGAUGAGCCGAUGAAAAGAGUGGUGAAGCAAAAGAGUUUCAGGAUGCUUAGUGGAAUAGCUCUGGGGAAGAGAAAUGAGCUGAAUGUGCAAGUGGCAGAGGAUGUGGAUGAUUCGUUUGAGGCCCCUCCACCAAUGCUGUCAUCUCCAUCUACAUAUAUAUUGUCUUCCCCAGUGUCAAUCACUUCCCCUUUGCAGUCACCGAUCAACCACACAUAUCCAGGCAAUUAUUACUCUUCUCCUAGUAAUUACCCUUCCCCAUUACAUGACUUUGGUCCACCCCUCACAUCGCCAUCCAAUCGUCAGUCCUCCAAGGAGAAUGUCAAGCCAUCACAGUCGUCAAUGUCUUCUUCAUGGAAGAAGGGUAUGCGCAAGCUUUUUAAAUCCAAGUCGCAGGCGGCUCUGCGGCAAUCCCCCCAACAAUCUAACCAGCCCCUUCCACCACUUCCAACAGGCCGCAACAAUCAUGUUUCUCAUACUCCUCCCGCCGGCGAUCGACGCGCCCCUCUCGGAGAGUUGAAACGCAACAACAUAAUGUCUUUCUUUGCUCAGUCAACUCCGGAGGGGAAUGAGCGCGGGUUUACUCAUCCUUCUCUCCCCCCCGAUCCGUUUGAAUCUCAUCUUGAUAUUGCUGCCGACCCCUCUGCCUUACGUCCACCUUCACCAUUACGUCCUAAGCUGCGAUCAAACUCGCCCAGCCUUAGAGAUCUGAAAAAUAUGCUUUCUUUACCGUCACGGCCGAAGAUAGCCAAAGCCAAAUCAUUAGCGAACCUACGAUCAAUGUCGACGAGGAAAAUCAAUCCUGAGAUUGAUGAGAUGCCUGUAAACCGAACUGAGAAAAAGGAUGCUGUAAGAGGAUUAGUCCAGAGGCCUGAUGUCGAAAAGAAGGAAGACUCUCAGAACGAUCUUCAAGGACCGCCGCUUCACCAACGCGUAGAUUUACCUGCUCCCAGUCCACCUCUUUUACCCCCUAAUCCACCUUAUAUGAUACGUUCCAUUUCUAGUGGACCCACAGAGUUAGGGACACCUCCAAACGUUCCUUUACCGCCCCCACCCAUUGCCACACCGCUGUCGGACUCUUCAUCAUCCACCUCGCCAAUUAAAAGAAGUGGCUCAACACCUAUGCUUUUGCCGAGAUCCAGGUCGACUAGCAUGAGCUUGAAAUCACCACCAACCAGCUCCUCAUUCUUUGAUCUGUAUGAGCAAUUGGGCAUUUGGCCCAAGGGUGAGAAGGAUGAGAAAAAGGACGACGGCAUUGUGGGGAAAUCAGAAGAAUCGGUCGAGUCUGACCCGGAGAAUACACCGGCUGACGGUACUGUCAAGGAAUGCUCGGGCGAAGUCAGCCCCGUUACCGACCUGAUACCCACCAAAACGAUGUCUUUGUCUUCUCCAGUCGUCGGGGCCAGCUCCGGCUGGGGACCUAUGUUUGGAAUUGUUUCUGAAGGGUCGAGCUCUCCUGUGGCGCACAGACCAUCUUCUGCCGGUGUCCCUUCUUCAGGCGCGGAUGCCAACUCGGAUCAACAACAACCGCAACAAACUUCAUUAUCUAAUCAUAUCGACCCCUCAGGAGAACUCACCAACCCCACAGAGGAGAUAACCCCAAACGCGAAACCAUCCUCCUCCAGAAGCAGCAACUCCUACCCUGCCGCCCUAGAAAUUUCCACCUUCACCGUAGACCCAAGACUGUCUAGCGAUACACAACCGACAUCCGUCGCCAUGUCCAUCAAGAACAGCAGGACUUCAAGGAUGUUUGGUGCCUCCAGUGACAAGUCUUCGAGAGAUGAAGUUAUUGAUGCGAGAGAAGACCUGGAUAUUGGUGGAACAGAAAAAAAUGGUGAUGAUGAGGACGACCUGCCACUAUGUAGGAUUCAUCCAGACGCUGCUGCUGCCCAGCAACAACGGCGUGAAGUUCGUGAAAUACGGGAGAGAUCCCAAACACUCUCUAAAAUUAAAGUGCGUGGACGUAAUCCUGGUGGGGACACGGACUGGGAUGGCGAAGGCGGUGUGCCGGCACAUGUUUUGACACGGAAGUUGGAGGCAGCCUUGGCCAUGAUGGAGCAGACGGAGCAGACGGAUCUGGCGAAAUCUGUUUCGCAUCAACAUGUGUCUCAAAUAGGCGGAAAGCCUGCUCUCCCUCCUCUUCACAUAAAUCGUCGUCCAACGCGGUCCGAUUCCUCAGCAGCGCGGAAGCCGAGCCCCAUCGAAACCAUUUCCAACAACCCCCAAUCGCCUUUACCCCCAAUCCCCAAACCUCCUACGAAGCUUCUUACUGCCAUUGUUAUCUCAGAUAAGUCAACUAAGCAGAUCACCAUUGACAUACAGCCUAAAACAACGGCACGAGACGUCCUUGUCAAUGCCUGUAAAAACGGGGAUCUGAAGGAACCAGACAGUGGUAUGUCUUGGGUUUUAUGUGAAGUCUUUGCGGAGAUGGGCUGUGAGCGCCAUGUGCGAGAGUAUGAGACUCUCCAAUCCAUUAUCAGCGGUUGGGGUAUGUCCAAGGAUAAUCAUUUUGAGAUGAGACAGUCUGCUCGUGGAGUAACAACGUCAGCCAAGACUGUCCCAACCACUCCUCCUAUGUAUGGCGCAUGGGUAUUGUACGAAACAAAGAAAGGCAAAUGGUCAAAGAGGUGGCUUGAAACCCGGGGCGGACAUGUCUUCUUGUCCAAAAAUGGAAAAGGAAGAGAUGAAAUUCACCUAAACACGCUGUUCUUUGACGUAUACACGAUGUUGGGAGAUUAUGACAAGAAAUCCUACGUCUUUACUCUCAAACGUGGUGAAAUUUCAGCCAACUUUGUGGAUCUCGGCGAGUAUAGGUAUGUUUUUACUUGUGAUGGUAAAGAAGCUUGGAAACUUGUGUCCUCAAUCUACGACGCCAAAAGUUACACCCUUGCCCAAGCGCGCCCCCACCAAAUAGCCGCUCAAUGCACAGCCCAACUGUCCCAGUCGUCAAGUAAUCUUCGGGCAGCGAACAAGGCAUCACCAUUACCAUCUACAAGACCGCUCGUAGAAACGAAGAAGCAGAGGAGUCGAGAGGAGAAAAUUUUGCCUUCCACAGGGAGGGGCCCGCGGAAACUUUAGAGUGUCGCCGCAUUUACCAAUAAUAAGAGGAAUAAUAGAAAGAAGUAAACACGAUACAAAGGAUCUGGAAGGAAUAUCGAUCCACGUUGAUUAUGGGAAGUUUGUUUUUUUGUUGUCUUUGCUAGUGUCCUGUAUUAUCUUGUGCCUAAUGUAUGAAGGGAUUGGAGUAGGACAGAGUUAGAAUAAUUUGCGCAUCCUGAAAGAACCAUUGUAAGCAAUGGUAGAUGCAU